GCGCCCCUGCCCGUGCGCCCGCCCGGAGCGCUGCCGCAAAGCGAGGCCGGGAAGAUGGCGGCGCGCUGGGCGCUGAGCGCGGGUGCUGCCUGGGCGCGGGGUCUCCUCAGCUGGGCUCGGCCAGAGAGGUGGCUGGCAUCUGGUAGCCUUUUUCCUCUGUCAUGCAUCCACACAAGCACAUCUCUGCAGAGAAUUGGGAAAAUUGGGAAGUGGGAGAAGAAGAACAGGAUUGUUUACCCUCCCCAGCUGCCUGGAGAGCCUCGCAGACCAGCUGAAAUAUAUCACUGUCGGAGGGAAAUAAAAUACAGCAAAGAUAAGAUGUGGUAUCUGGCAAAACUGAUAAAAGGAAUGUCCAUUGAUCAGGCUCUUGCUCAGCUGGAAUUCAGUGACAAAAAGGGAGCAAAGGUGAUCAAAGAGGUUCUGUUAGAAGCACAGGAAAUGGCUGUAAGAAAGCACAAUGUGGAAUUCAAAUCAAAUUUACACAUAGCGGAGUCGCAGACGGGCAGGGGCCGCUACGUGAAGCGGGUGCGGUGCCACGGCAAGGGCAUGUUUGGCAUGAUGAAAAUCAGCAGGUGCCACUACUUUGUGAAGCUGGUGGAAGGUCCUCCUCCUCCCCCAGAGCCACCAAAGACUGGCUUUGACCAAGCAAAGGAAUACGUGCAGCAGCUGCGAAACAGAACCCUUGUUCACACACUGUGACGCACUUCAGUGGCUGUAUCGGUAUCUCUUCUUGGGCAAUUAUGUAAUUAUGGAAAGGAAUAAUUAAAGUCGUGGUUUAGUUAUAUCUUUGGUGCUGCUGGAGCUGGAUGAUGUGAGACAAAUCAUGGGGUUUUUUCUUAUUUGUCAAGUCACGGGUAUGGAAAAAUCUUGGAGCAGCAGAUGUUAUUUUUCUGAGUUACAUGGACCACAGCAUUCAAGCUCAACCCUGGACUGUCAAAUCUAAAACAUAUGGUACUUUUAUAAAGCUUGGUGUCUCUGUUAUGUAUGGUGGGACUUUUAUUAUAAAACUCUGUGCUUGACAGACAUGUUGCAAGAUCAAGCCUCAAACUAAAAUUUGACAAAGUAGUUACAAGAUUGGAAAAAAACAAGUAACAGUGGACAAAACCAAGUAACAACAAUAUUUGAGAAUAUCAGACAUCAAUUUUUGGUUUAUCUGGGCUGUAACAGCUAUUGUUGUGUGUCUUGGGCAUUGUGUCUAGGAGUGGGAAAUAAAAAAAUGCUUGGAAGUUCAGGCUUUGGCAGUAGGUGGCAAUAUUUAGUUUGUCAGAGAGGAAGUGGCAGUGAAAACUUCCAGAAUGGUCAAACUAUUUUGGAUUUUGCCCAUGGCAUUAAUAAUCUGAUACAGGCACGGAUUUCAGGCUGUUCUUUCUGGAAAUUCAUUGUGGGUAACAAGCAAAAUAUGGAGAAAAGUCUUUUUUGGUCAAGAGUGAACUAAUUCUGUAUUGUCUGGAAACAAAUUGCUUUUGUUACAUCAAAGAAAGUGAAAAACUCCAUAGAUUUAAUAUGGAAUGGCUUGUUGCAUAUACAAAUCGUGCUUUCAGUUCUCUGAAAACAAUCCCAUUUUUAUCAUUACUUAUUUGAAGAGAAAAAGACUUGAGAUUGAUAGGGGGAAUUAAAUUUCACUCAGUCAGAUUUUCAAAUGAAGAUGGCCAGAUUUGAUGAACAUCAGCAUGAUGAUCAUGAACAUCAGAAACAGAAUGAGCAGCUGCUUGUACAUGCAAAUAUCUGAUAUUUAGACCUUUCUUUUCCAUUCUGGGGACAUUAGAGUGGGAGAUAGAUUGCUUACCUCAUUUGGGUCUUUUUACCUUGAACAGCUCUUGGUAGCUUUUCAUACCUGUGUUUGAUCAGUACUUGGAUGGUGGCAAAGGGACAGUUCCUGUAUAUAAACAAAUUAUUUUAUUGUCUUAAAAAAUGUUGGUACAGAGUGAUUUCUUUUGGCUACCAAAAAAAGAGUCUCAUGAUGUUGAAGAGUAUUAGGGGAUGGUGAAGUUACACAAGAAGCACAUUGAGAGCUCAGUACCAUUAAUAGGGGCCUAUUUGCACUCUGGUUUUCUGCAGUGUACUUUCAAACACAUUUCUUGCUGUAAAGCCACGAUUUAGUAACUUGCCUGAAAGGUGUGUUCUGAUAAAACUCUCUAUCUCUGCAGUCCCUGAUGUGUGUUUGAAGAACUGUUUCUGUUAUACUGUGAUAAACAGCUGUGCUGGGCUCUGCCAGCUGCCCUUAAACUCCUCUGUCAGAGUCAAUCUCUUACAAGUUGUAGCAAACUUGAAUUGUUUAUAACCUUUGUGGGGAUCAGUGAUCUGGGAGAAGACUAAAGAAUUGCAAAAUAAUCCAAAUGUAAGAAGCAGUCAUGUAUAUUAUGCUUAGACACACCUAAAUAUCUAAAACUUGGCUUCUAGGAAUUUUAUUCCAAUACCUAUUUCUCCUGCAUGCUGUAGAUUUUACUUCAGAUCCUUUCUGGACCUUCAGAGAAGGCUGUAUCCUUAGAGAUACCAUUACUCUGGUUAUGAAUCCACAGACAGAGAGAAGUGAGAAUGUGACUGAUGUAUUUUCCAUCUUUAUGAUUUGCAGGUGGCCCUGAAAGUCCUUUAAACAAACAAAUCUGGGCUUUAAAAAUUGUUCAGUUAAAAAGCAAGGUUUUGCUUGUUCUUGUAUUCUUCCUCAAGACAGUAAGUGGGAAAACGAAUUUUUGGCAUGUUUUUAGUAUUCUUAUGUUCCUUGGUAGAAUUUUCUGGUGUCUUAAACAUUCAUAACCCAGGGCUGAUCUUUAUGGUGCUGGCUGAGGGAGCUCCACAGCUGUGUCUGUGACAGGAGUGGUGGGAGAUAGGGUGAGGUGAGGAACUGCCUUGGUCCCUGCCUUUCCCUGGUAGGAUGAUAAGAAUGUCUGGAAUGGUUUCUAUGGUAAGUCCAUCAGAAUGCUGGGAACCUGAAUCCUAUUCAGUAAGAUCUAGU